AUGGCGGAUAAAAGUGAGAUCACCAUCGAGCCCCAAGAACUUCGGAAGAGCAAGAGAACGAAAGAGGUAAAUCUAUCUUUGGAAGCUCAUCUUGACGAGAUCAAGAAGACUAUGUCAAAGAUGCUGUCCAAGAUGGAGGAAUGGGAAAAGUCUCACAAGGAAGUGAGCACUUUCAACAACACUAUUGCCAAGAUGGAAGUGGAGGUGGCGGAUGUCAAGGAUCGACUUGACAUUAUGGAGCAAAGUUUGGAAGAGCUAGGAUUGGAGGGCCAAUCCGAGGUGCUUAAGGAAUCCAUACUAAGCAUUGUUAACCCCACUAUCGAGGCACAUUAUGCGAGAAACAUUGCCUUCCAAGAUCGGGUCUUGGGUGAGUUGGCAAGACUCCAGGAGCAAAUGGAGGAACACUGGCUAGGUUUGGAGGAAACCAGGGCCGACUGGGCCAUGUGCAAGCGGGCCGUGGCCAAUGGGAACCUCAACGGGGUUGGGGUGGGAGCUACUCCAAGGGUGGAUACUUCGAAACCAAAGGAAUUUGAUGGCAAGCGGGAUGCCAAAGAGCUAGAUAACUACUUGUGGCAUAUGGAGUGGUAUUUCGAAGCGUUGAAUAUGCAAGACGAGCCAGUUAAGGCACACACUGCCUCCCUCUAUUUUACUAAUCUUGCGGGUACUUGGUUGCGACGUAAGCAUGGCGAGAUAGAGAAAGGCACUUGUACCAUUAAUACGUGGGACGAGUUCAAGCAUGAACUCAAAAGGCAAUUCUACCCUGAGAACGUAGCCCUAAGUGCUCGAAAGAGGAUGAAGGAGUUGAAGCAUACCACUUCCAUCCGUGACUAUGUCGAGGAAUUCUCCUCCCUCAUGCUCCAAAUUUCUAAUAUGAGUGAAGAGGAUCUCCUUUUCAACUUCACUGAUGGUCUUAAACCAUGGGUGGCUCAAGAGCUCAAGCGUCAUACUGUCAAUGACAUCUCUACAGCUCUUACUAUUGCCGAAACCUUGGAGGAGUUUGAGUAUCACAAGAGUAACAACUCUUCUAAACCCAAGACCCCCAAGGAUAACCAUGCCAAAGGUGGAGGAACAAAGGGCUACAAAACUUUAUACCACAAGGAGAAGGGAGAUAAGCCCGAAUACUCAAAGGAGAGGAAACCCAAGGAUGCUUGCUUCCUUUGUAAUGGGCCACAUUGGGCUAGGGAUUGUCCUAAGAGGAAGGCCCUCAAUGCAAUGCUCGAGGAGAAAGAAGUACAAGAUCAAUCACACAUGGGGUGUUUACAACUUCUUAACUCUCUCAAGGCUAACCCCAAGCCAUCCACUAAGGAUAGAUCCUUGAUGUAUGUGGAAGCCGAAAUCAAUGGAAAGAAAACUCAUGCUAUGGUGGAUUCUGGUGCUUCUCAUAACUUCAUCAAGAAGGAAGAGGCUGCUAGGCUUGGAAUCUCACUCGAAAAGGGCCAAGGGUGGCUCAAGGCGGUAAACUCGGAUGCUAAACCGCUUGAUGGCGUGGCUCGAGGUGUGGAGCUACAACUUGGCACAUGGAGAGGUAAGCUUGACUUCUCUGUUGCUCCUAUGGAUGAUUUCAAUAUUGUGCUGGGUAUGGAAUUUUUGAGACAAUUCAACGUGGUAUCACUCCCUCACUACAACUCGGUAUGCAUCCUGGAGGGAGGUCCAUGUAUGGUACCCACUAUGUCCAAACCAAACACUACCCAGCUUCUUUCUGCUAUACAAUUUAAAAAGGGAUGUAAGAAGGGUGAGAUAUCAUACUUGGCUACCUUGGUGGAAGACGAUGUGAAGACUUCCCCCGCACCACCAAAGGAGAUCAUGGAUGUUCUUAUAGAAUAUGAAGAUGUCAUGCCACCCAAGUUACCAAAGAAACUUCCACCUAGGAGGGAGGUGGAUCAUCAAAUUGAGUUGGAACCCAGUGCAAAACCACCCGCAAAGGCACCAUAUCGAAUGUCUCCACCUGAGCUCAAGGAGCUUAGGAGACAACUCAAAGAAUUAUUGGAUGUCGGUUUCAUCCGACCAUCAAAAGCACCUUAUGGAGCCCCGGUACUCUUUCAAAGGAAGCAUGAUGGAUCUCUAAGGUUAUGCAUCGACUAUCGGGCCCUCAACAAGGUAACCAUAAAAAACAAAUACCCUAUUCCUUUGAUUGCCGAUUUGUUUGAUCAACUUGGCCAUGCAAAAUAUUUCUCUAAACUCGACUUGAGAUCGGGGUACUACCAAGUGCGGAUUGCAGAAGGCGACGAGUCAAAGACCACUUGUGUCACUCACUAUGGGGCAUAUGAGUUCCUUGUGAUGCCCUUUGGCCUCACUAAUGCACCCGCUACAUUUUGUACUCUCAUGAACAAGAUUUUCCAUCCUUACCUGGAUCGAUUUGUGGUGGUUUAUCUUGAUGAUAUUGUGAUUUAUAGCACCACUCUUAAGGAGCAUGUUGAACACCUACGAAUUGUGUUCAAAGUCUUGAAGGAAAAUCAACUUUAUGUCAAGAAGGAGAAAUGUUCUUUUGCUAUGGAUAAAGUUCACUUCCUUGGCCACAAGAUUCAUGAUGGGAAACUUAGCAUGGAGGAAGGAAAGGUGAAGGCUAUCAAAGGGUGGGAUCCUCCCACAAGGGUUAUUAAGCUCCGUUCUUUUCUUGGGCUUGUUAACUACUAUCGAAGAUUUAUCAAGGGAUACUCUGCAAGAGCUUUCCCCCUCACUGAUCUACUCAAGAAGAACAACUCAUGGAAGUGGACACCUAAGUGUCAAGAAGACUUUGAAGACUUGAAGAUGGGCAUUAUUGAAGAACUGGUCCUUGCACUACCUGAUUGCACCAAAACCUAUGAGGUACAAACCGAUGCUUCCGACUUUGCCAUUGGGGGUGUUCUUAUGCAAGAGGGACAUCCCAUUGCCUAUGAGAGUCGCAAGCUCAAUGUACUGAAAGGCGAUACACGGUGGAAGAGAAAGAGAUGA